AUGGAAUUAGAUAACAAUGCUCACGAACAGCAGCAGUAUUAUCAACCGGAGGUACAGCAGGCUCAACACCAUCCACAGAGCACGCAAACAUCGAACCAAACAAAUGCUCCAAAAAAGUCGGCUAAGCAAAACAAUGCCCUUCCACUUUGGGGCAAUGAAACUUCGAUGAAUUUGAAUCCAUUGAUUCUAGCAAACAUUCAGGGAUCGAGUUAUUUCAAAGUGUCCUUGUUCAAACUGAAGACUUACCACGAAGUUGUAGACGAAAUAUACUAUCAAGUGAAACACUUGGAACCAUGGGAACGGGGUUCUCGGAAAACAGCCGGCCAGACAGGAAUGUGUGGAGGAGUUAGAGGUGUAGGAGCUGGUGGAAUAGUUUCAACGGCAUUUUGUUUACUUUAUAAACUUUACACUCUACGAUUAACUAGAAAACAAGUCAAUGGACUGCUUACACACGGCGAUUCUCCCUACAUACGAGCACUAGGCUUCAUGUAUUUAAGAUAUACCCAACCACCGGGCGAUCUGUUUGAUUGGUAUGAACCGUACCUGGUAGAUGAGGAGGAAAUCGAUGUAAAAGCUGGUGGCGGACAGACAAUGACCAUCGGUCAGAUGAUACGGCAGUGGUUGACAAAGCUUGACUGGUUCUCAACUCUAUUCCCACGGAUCCCGGUGCCGAUCCAAAAGCAAAUUGAUGCAAAACUUGAUCAAUAUGCAAAAGAAAAUGGUGUAUCAUUCGCUGAUACCCAGCCGGACCGUGGUGGCACAGUCGUGGGUGGAAAACAGCCGCGUGGCGGAACGUCAGGUCCGUCGAGCAAUGCAAGAGGAUCCGGACUAACGACAUUUACCGAAGAACGAGAACCGGUACGCUACGAUCGAGGUGUGACUGUACAGUCGUUUAAAGAGAAACCCGUUAAACGGGAUACGUUUGACCAUUGCGAUCGGGACGCAAGGUCUUCGCGUUACGAAAGGUAUGAUGACGAUAGACAUGAUCGUAAUCGGAAGGAUUAUCGUGGAAAGGAUUACGAUCGUGAAUGGGAUAGAGAUAGACAUAGGGAUCGCGAAAGGGACAAAGACAGGCACAGAGAAAGGGGUCACGAUCGCGAACGUGACCGUGAUAGAUCGAGGGAUCGUGACCGCGAUCGAAAAGAUAGACCACGUGAGCGUAGGUCAAGAAGCCGUGAACGCGAUUACCAACGUGAUCGACGACAUCGUUAGUAGGUUUUAAAGGAAAUUGGUUUUUGGUUUUUUUAUUU